UUCCUGAACAGCUUUUUAAAAAUUCAAUAAUCAAGAGACUUGGAAUACAAGCUUGGCUUAAAAUUUUCUAAUGUUUCUAACACAUUGUGUUUCCGGUUUAAACUUUAUGUAGAUACUUUAAUGUGGUUGGCUGAAAAAUCUAAUUCAACUUACUGAAAACAUUACCUUUCCUCAAAGUAGGAAGACAAUUUUCUGCAUACUCUGCCAGAAUCACAUGAACCAAAAUUGCCCUUAAACUGAAUUUUCUGUUUGGAAAAAUUAUGUAUGAACAGAUAUUCUUGGAUUGACUUACAAAUAAUGAGCAAGCUUUGAUCAUCUGUAAAAAAAAAAUUGUCUUGAUAUUGGAUUAAUUCUUCAAACCUUGCUUGGAAAAGUCUUCUAUUUUUUGCUGGAUUGAUGGAAAAUUUAAUUUUUUUGAAAAUUUGACAAACUGUCACAAUUGAAACUUUUUUGGGUAAAUUGAGCAGCUUAGAAAAGAAAUGAUUGAAUGUUCUUGUGGGCUUAUGAUAGCAAAGAAAAAUUUUUACAAAUCCUAGAGGUAAUUUUGAGGAAAUUUGAUGUAUUUUUGGGAUGCCAUGACAAUGGAAGAGUUGGGUGAGAAAGAUAGGGGGUAGGGAAUGAAACCAUAGUUUUGUUUCACAGGCUCAUCAAAGACAAUAGAAGAGGGUUUGUGCAUGUGGGGAAAGUGUUGGAUCCAUGAUGAAAAGCUGUUAUUUUUUUAUAAUUGGCAGCAUGCUGGUUACUCUUGAUGCAACAAUGAGGUCCUGUGGAGAAAGUUUGAUUUGUUUUUGGUGAAGCUUUGCUUGUUUGUUUUGUUCUUGUGGAGGCCCUGGCCUCUGUGGGUUGCCAGGCAUGGAUUAUGUGCUUUCUUGUCUUCAAUCAACAUUCCAUCUCACCUGGGCCAGCAUCCCAAGCAGAAUGGAGGACAGAGAAUCUUCCCUGAUUGUAACAUGCAACAGAAGAGAACCCCUAUAUGAGCUGUUCCCUUUGCAACCUUAAUGAGUUCUUUGUUGAUGGAGCUUAUACCAAUAUGUUCACUGCUUCAUACCAUAGCAUUGACCGCAAGCACUGGGCUGUUGAAAAUGACUUCCAGCUCAUGUUGGGGUCUACCAUUGUGCAUGCUGGUCAGCCAGCGCAUUUGAACAAGAUCCGAGUGCUGAUCAUGCUUGCAGUUUUAUUGGUACAGUAUUUGAUUUCUAGCACCCUGCAUGCAGACAAGAUCAUUAUUAUAAUGGUGGCACCAGUUUCUGGAAUGGUAUGGAUGCAUCUUAUUUGUCUUUUGAUGGUGCACGCAAUUCCUGUUCGGGCAAGAGCCAUGCAGUUCUAUGAGAAGCUGCUGUGGAACAGAAGCAAGGGUUUGGAGAAGCUUAUAUUCGAAUUCAUGCUUUAUGCUGCAGAAUCAACAAGAACUGAUGCAGUUGCUGGACAAGAGGGUUGUGAAAAGCAUUCAUCCUAUGGUAUGACAGAAGAAUUGAUCAAGUCGCUGGGUUGUGAACUACUUAUCUGAACAUGGGGAGUGUCCUCUGCUGGCAAGAGACGUCAUUUAGAAAGUUGCUGUGAAGUGCUGAUUUGUGUACAAAUAUUCUCUUCAGUUCGUUGGUAAUGAAGAAAUUGUUUGCAUCCUCAUUCGGGAAAUGUGUGUGAUGUAUACUGGCAAAAUUGAAUCAAGAUUCAAAGGUGGAAUUUCGGUUUUUGUUGCUUAGUUUUGUAUGUAUCGACGCUGAGUGUGGACAUUUAUAGGGCUAAGGAAUCCAUGCGUUUUGAUUAAAUCGUUGGGGAAUGUUUUUGCCCAAUCACAGCUGGUUUGUCCCUCCCACAUGCGCAGGAUUGGUUACAGAACAUGUCAAGGAUGUGCCCACUCUUUUGAGCCGUUUGGCACAGGACCAUCCCCUUCACAUGAAACUGAAACCCAGUUAAAGGGGUGGGGGAUUUCCAGAUGUCUGUGAGAGCAAUGAAACCAUUUGUGAGGGGGACUUGUUUUUCUCGUUUCAACUCUGGGGCCCAUAUGGUCUUUUUUCUAUUUUCUUCCCGGUUUUGUGAACCUACGAUGAGUUAUUGGCCACACCAGGGUUCGAAAAUUGCAUUGGAUACUGGUGCUGAACAAAAAUACCGUGCU